AUGAUGAUCGAAUCCGGCAUAAAACUAGAAGGACCCCUCUUGGCUUUGUCAUGGCUUAAAAUUGAGCAAAGCCCAGUUCAUGUAACAGAGGUGCCAGCGAAGUUGAAACAGUUUGCAUUUGCAAUGGAAAGACAGCAGACCCAGUCGACCUCUAUAAUUUCAUCGAAUAUGUGGAGGAGGAUAGGUCGAACGUGCAAAUACUGCCGCCGUCUCAAGGAGAAGUGCAUGAGUGUAACCCCUUGUAUUAGAUGCAGGAGGCUUAGGCGGCCCCCUCGGUUCGGUGACAAAAUGGGAAGAGCCUCAGUUUCUGGAAAGUACAGAACCAGAUCAGGCAGCGCGUCAUCGGCCACUAUAUUCCCCGAUUACAUCUCCAUGGACUUCGAAGCGGAGCGUAUCCAAGCCCUGGAGUACAUUGUGAGGUACUAUACGGGGCUUGAGAGAUGUGACAGACUGGCCCUUGAGAGUAUCAUCAGUGGCAUUUCUUUGAAUUUGAUAGUUCCCCCUAAGAUGGACAAAGACGGGGAGGAGGAUGAAAAUAGGAGGGCAGAUAAAGCAUUGACUAAUUUAAGUACCACUCAGGUGUCAGGUACAGACAUUACAGUCAACAAAAGAGGAAGCGAUCCUCAAUUAUCCUCACAAGAAACCUCAAUCCUCGAAGCCGUUUCAUUGUUUCCCGCAGCUUCAUCAGCUCUUGUCUUGCUGAGGGUAUUCUUUGAAAUCGGCCAGACAAACUACUUCUAUAUCGAUGAAGAGUCGCUCCGACAACGACUUGACCAGUUUUAUUCAUGCUCGUCUCAAAUAUCACCUGAAGAUGCCUCCUGGAUCUCAGUUGCAUUGAUGGUAUUUGCUCUUGGAGUGCAGCUUUCGAGUCAUUAUCAAUCUACAACACGGGAUUCGUGUAGGGAGCUGAUGAGAGACGCACGUGAUAUCUGCCAGAGCAUGGAUGAUUCUAUUGAUUCAAUAUUUUAUCAAAGAGCCAAGAAACUAAUUCCUGAUAUACUGCUUGUAGAAUCGACAGAGAGCGUACAAGCCUUUCUCCUAUUUGGCUUAUAUAUGCUACCCGUCAACCCGGUUGGACUAUCUUACACUUAUUUUGGAAUUGCUAUCAAGCUAGCAACACAACUAAAUUUGCAUAUGAAUACGACAUCUGCUGUAUUCUCAAAGGAGUUUGAAACUGUCGGAAUCAUGAGAAACAAGCUGACGUUUCCAAGAAGAACCAGCGCCUUACACGGACGACCCGUUUCCGUUCCCCGAGCAGAUAUUAAUGCUGAUUCUCCUGUAGACAUGGAAGAACUACAGCCCAAAGAACGAAUCAAUACUUUUCAAAAUACCAUGGCUAUGUUGAAACUCAGUAUCUUCAUGGAGAAUGCCUGGGAGGGAGUGCUUGAUAAACAACGACAGAACGCAUGGUUAAAGUUGCAAGCGCAUUUGGUGGAUGGCUGUGUUGAUAGUGCUGUUGCCAUUGUCAAUCUAUGCCAGAUGCUUCACAAUGAGAAAAGCCUUUCGAAAUCAUUAUACAUGGAGCUUAGUUCUUGCUAUACUGCCGUCCUGGUUCUGGUAGCAAGCUGUGCCUACGAUAAGGAUGACAGGCUCAAAGAUGCAUGUGAGAAAGGGGUGGAAAUACUGCAAGAGAUGUCAACUGGAUUUUCUUCUACCGGGUUCAAGAGUCAUGUGGCGGAGAGCUUGAAGGUUGCGUUCGAAAGAACAAGUCAUGGAAGGAAAGGGAGUGCUAGAAGUCUGGAUGAAGAUGGAUACAAGCAGUUUCAAAAUUGGGUAGCCUUGCAAGAAAUCACAACUCAAGAAGGAUUUCGGCUACCGAAGUAG